AUGAGCCAAUUCACCGUUCUUGGUGACAGUGCCAUUAGGCAACUCCUCCUCGGCCUCUCGAGAGAUGAAAUCAAAAGCAUCCAACGGGACAUUGAGGAUAGUUUGAUCUCAAUUUGCCCUGGAAACGAAAGUGACUAUCAACCAAGCCCAGGCAUCAUCAAUCGCCCCGAUGGUCAGAAGGUCCUUUUCAGACCCUUUACAUCCCCAGAUAAUGUGGGAACCAAAAUCAUUGUACACCCAGCUCCUGCCUCCGAACCUUCAGGAUCAACAGCGGCGAGUAGAAACCAGCAAGCCUUACAUGGAAUUAUCGUCCUUGUUGACAAAUGCGGGUUUCCCACCGGUGUUCUUAACGCCGAAGAAAUAACUGGCUAUCGCACUACCAUGAGCACAAUGAUUCCAUAUUCCUGGAGAUGCCACACUGAGCAUAUUCUCAUUUUCGGAGCCGGAAAGCAAGCACUGUGGCACAGCCGGCUUGCACUAGCUCUUCGCGGAGAUGAAAUUAAAUCUAUAACGAUCGUCAACCGAUCGCUUGAUAGAGCACAGGAGCUGAUUCAAACUGUGAACGAAGAGAACAGCUCCUACUGGAAAUCAUCUUGCCAGCUGAAACUUUUAGUCCCCACCCAGGAAGGCUUUGAGUUGCAAUUGCAAAAGCUCCUUGUAGAGGCCGAUGCAAUCUUUUGCACAGUGCCAUCCAGAGAGCCUAUCUUCGCUAUGGCCGCUUUGAACCUGGAGGGGAGGAGCAGGUCCCCCUUCAUCUCCGCUGUUGGCUCAUGGCAGCCGGAUAUGAUCGAAGUUGACCCGGCAAUUCUUCAUCAUGUUACGGAGACUAGAGGAUUUAACAAAAAUGAUGGCAUAUUAUCGUCAGGAGCCGUGAUAGUCGAUGAUGAUGAGCAUGCCUUGAUUCAUGCAGGGGAGAUCGUACAGAGUGGCCUGAACAAAGAUCAGAUUUUGGGUAUUGGUCAGGUCCUAAGUUGGAAACGAGAAGAGUCCCUUGGUACGGAAGCUACACAAGAUCUCAACUGGUGGCUCGCAGAGGGAUUGGUUGUAUAUAAGAGUAUCGGCGUCAGUGUCACCGAUCUCGUUGCUGGAAACGCAAUUUUGGCAUUAGCCGCGAAGAAGAAUCUGGGUACUUCUAUCUCGGACUUUUAG